GUUUUUUCUCUGUGCAGAUUAUAUUUAUGUUGGACAUUUUAGGUGUGUGUGUUUUAAAAACUCGUUUUGACAUGGGCUUUACAAGGAAAAUAUACCAUCCGAAGAAUGUAAUGAACUCUGUAAACUCAAGACUGGGUUAUUAACGUGGACAAAAAGAAAAACAGACGUUGGAUAAUUUUACAGUACAGGAAACAGCGAGUAGCGGAUUAAUGUAUUGACCACCGAUUUGUUUAUACCUGCUGAGCUUCUCUUAAAUUAAAAAUGAUUUACCAUACACUAACGCUAACUCUACACUACAGUUACUGUCAAGUUGACUGUUUUUUAUGUUAACUGUCUGUAGUCAUAAUAUGUCCUCGGCUGUUUUUUAUUUAUUUUUAUCCCCAGCAAAGUAAAGUAAAUGCAUAACAAAUAUUGUGUUUGGUAUCAAAAGCUCGGACAUUCUGAAAAGGCGAUACCAUUUAAUGAUGUGGAUCAGGGCGGGAGGAGCAACAUUGCAGGUUUGUGUUAAAGCCCUGAAACAUACAGCAUCGAAAAGUCACCUACAGCUAAACCGAUGGCUACAACGAGCAGCCACGGAUUCGACGGACAGCGGUAAAAUUGACAUUGUGAUCUGCAACACGUAUGAGGAAAGGAACACGGCCAAUAGCGCUGGUAGUUCUAUAGAAUCAGCAAUGCAAAACGAAGCUAACGAAGCCGGGGUUUCCCUUAUAGGAGAAAACAGGUAUCCUCGUUAUGUUCCCACCUGUUGCUGCAAAAGCGCCCUACUGGGCUGCAUUGUCGCAGCUGUUUGUUUCUCAUCUGUAGCACUGGUGCGCCAGUAUCUCAAAGACUUGCUUGUUUGGGUGGAGAGUUUAGACAGCCUUGUCGGAGCUUUGCUUUGCAUCGUGGGAUUGAUCAUUGUGUCCUUUCCCUGCGGAUGGGGGUACAUAUUACUAAAUGUGGCUGCUGGCUAUUUGUACGGUUUUGUGUUGGGCCUGGGGCUGGUGAUGGUUGGGGUUUUGAUUGGGACUUUCAUUGCCCACGUUGUUUGCAAGAGACUACUGACAGAGUGGGUUUUAAUCAAGAUUGAGAGCAGCGAGCAGCUGAGUGCUGUUAUCAGAGUGGUAGAAGGAGGGAGUGGACUUAAAGUUGUUGCCUUAGCAAGACUCACGCCAAUACCUUUUGGACUACAAAAUGCAGUCUUUUCAAUCACAGAUGUGCCCUUGCCAAACUAUCUUGUGGCUUCUUCAGUUGGACUUCUCCCAACCCAGCUGUUAAACUCUUAUCUGGGGACGACAUUGCGAACCAUGGAGGAUGUCAUUGCAGAACAAACUGUCAGUGGAUAUUUAAUUUUCAGUUUCCAGAUAAUUUUAAGCAUAGGUCUGAUGUUUUAUGUUGUACACCGGGCGCAAGUUGAACUGAAUGCUGCUAUUGUAGCCUGCCAAAUGGAAUUGAAGACUUCAUAUAUCAAUGGCAAUACACCAAAUCUAAGUGGUUCUUCUUACUGCAGUAAAAGGACGUCAGCAUUGGGAGGAAUUAAUGUGGUUUAAACUAUUUAUUUUUAGUGACACAUGUGACAUUUUAGCAUGUGGCAUUUUAGCGACAACAGCAAUGCUUAUAGCCAAAACUUCUUGCAUACAGUUGUCACCUUUAUUGUAUAGAUCUGAAAUGUUUUUUUUUUUUUUUUUUUUUUUUUAGCACAUUGUUAUUAAAUGAGGCCAGCAGUUAUUAAGGCACAUUAUCUAAAAUGUUAUGUUUUCAAUUUUGUUUCAGCCAUGAUCCAACAAUACUGAGAGGUUGAAAUUGUUGUAUCCUAAAUUUAAUUUUCUAGUGACUUAUUUUGUUGCUGAUUAUUCAACCUAAAGUUAGCCAACCACUUGAAUGUACAAAUGGGUAUUUGUUUUACCAUUGCCCCAUUAUAUAUUGUUUUAUUAUUUAAUGGUUAUGUGCUUAUAAUAGCUGAAAUGCAGAUGUAUAUCAAACAAACACUAGGUCAUAGUCUUGUUUUUUCUAAGGCUUGAUGUUUGUGUAUCUAGUAAUAAAAUUAAUACGGGGUUAUGUGCUACAUUUAUUUAUUUAUUUCUUUAAUUGGUUGUAGUUGCUGGGAAUUCUCAUAGAAAAUUAGAAUUUAUGUAACCAUAUAUAAUUAGAAGAAGCACUGCCUUCCAUUGGAAGCUGUUAUUAGCUAUACACUCUGCUUUAAGUAACGGAGUAGCUCAGAUUGAUAUGUUUUCCACUCACUUGGAUCACAGAUGAAAUCUGCUCUGUAGCUCUGAGCUGCUCAGAGGGAGUGGAACUGAGCAUGCCGUUAAGAGGGUUCUUUCACUUAGCUGCCCUGAGCGUCUCACCCACAUACCCACUGUUGCACUGAAUGUUCUC